AUAGAUGAAUCUUUGAUGUGUUAAAAGAGAGGCAGCCCAUACCCCUGGCAAAAUGAAUGUUACUUUUGGGGUGCCGCUGGACAAGGCGGCCAUGUACCAUGUGGACUUUCUCAAAAGAGUUGAUUCCUUCAAGGCCCUCUACACACGCCCUCUGGUCCAACAUGCUAUAAGGCGCUAUGAGUUAUUUUGGCUACCACUCAUGGCUAAAAAUGGAGAUAAAGAUCUGGAACCCCCCUUGGAUAUACACUGGGUUUGGCAUUGUCAUAUGUUAUCACCAUUCAAAUAUGAAGCUGACUGCAUGAAACUUUUCGGGCGUGUUAUCAACCAUAUGUUUGGUAUUGGAGACAGAACGGUGCCUUAUCAAACUGCACAACAAAUAUGGAUGUCGGCAUAUGGGAAUGAACCAUUUGAGAUUGAUUUAUCUGGACAGAACCUCCCAUCUCUGAGUUCUCCUCAGCCAUCAGCAUUGAAUUAUGAUCUGGUGUCAGCGGUGAAUCGCCAGAAAGACUUUGUUUACAACGUUAGUCUACCCCACUACAAAAAUCCUACAUUUCUCCGUAAUGCCCUAGAGCGAUAUCGUAAGUUUCUAAACCUCAAGAGGCUUCACCCAUCAUUGUUCAUCGUCCCGAUGUAUGACGUAGAUCUGAUGUGGCACACACACAUUCUCCAUCCCAUAAUAUACAAAUCCGACACUGUGUCAGUUUUGGGAAAAAUGCUGAAUCAUGACGACACAGACGCUGAACGGAGCCCUGGAUCAAAACUGAACAUGGCAGACCAGGAGACUCGUAGCCUUUGGUUAGCUGAAUACAAUGAGGCAUUCCCUAUCAGUGGCGGGAUGUAUCGGGGAGAGACUUCCUAUGGGAAGUUGGGCUUUCUAACUCCUGAACAGGUGCUACUGUCAUCUGACAAGAGUUAUGAGAUUCGCAUCAUGGAGAUCAACUGUAGCACUGAACCUGAUGCAGAGAAAUAUCACAUGGAUGUUAGACUUGACAGAGGGGGCAAAAGUAAAUUGCCUGAGAAGUUAGCAAAACUUAAGGGUCCACCAUGCAGUUGGAAGUCAAGGGGCACGUUGGCCAAGGUACAAUUACAGAGUUACUCCGAAAUCAAUACCCUACGUCUAGAGUUAGAGUCCAUGCAGGGUUUCAUGUGCUGCAAAUCCCCCGUUUCUAUCUCUUCGCACUCACUCCCUCUUAAAGACCUACUGGAUCGAUCGCUCUCUUUACGUACCACCGAAACGAAACAGUUUCAAUCGAGAGGGACAAAUUCAUCAAUGAACUUACAGAUAACUCUGGAGAUUGACCCGCCGCAGCGUGGAUGUUCACAUUUUGUGGUAAAGCAUGGGAAUUAUGCGAAAGCUGUUAUGCCAGAGAAUAUAGCGCAACUUUGGGGACCAAUCUUCUUGCCUCCUUUACCACCAGGGCAACAGAAUGACUGUAUGGUGGCAACACACAGUGUGUAUCUGACUGGCGUAUCCAUGCAGCUAUAUACCUGUCGUGUCAUCCACAGCGCCCCCUACAUGAUGUCUGCCAUACAGGUAUUCUAUGGUGACAAGAUGAUCGCUAUAUCUCAGUGUAUAGGACUGGACCAACUGCCUAAGACAAGCCAGGUGAAUGAUGCCAAGGACUGCAUCCACUUAGCCCCAGGGGAGAGAGCUAUGAUAAUCCGCAACGCCAUGGGAGAUUGGGGUAUCGUUGUCGGCAAAUGGGAAGGCUUCAAGCGUGGGAAGGCACCCUCAAGAGGUGUUGGUGCCAUCAAAGGCAACCCAGGUUGGUUCAGAGUGAGGUUCUUCAAGAUUGAUGUAGCUGGCAAGAAAAUAACCCAACAGAUAACGAACGAAUCAAACUACAAAUCGAAGAAUUAUUCUCUUGGAAAUGUCGUGAUUAAUCUGAAGACAGGAGCUAUGACCAUAACACAGAAUACCAAUGACAUUACGGAGAAUCUGGCUCUUGGUUUCACCGUUGCGACAUUGUUUGCAUUAUGCCAGCCUAAAACUCCACUCACAGCACCCCCUGUGCAGAAUGGAAAUGCUAGUAAAGCUGUUGUAGUUGAGAAAAGAGGUGGACGUUCGGUGGCAAAUGAUGAUAAUCAUGAUUUGUUGUUUGUGAUGGCUGCUGGGUACAUGAUGCAUGAUUGGUAUAUGAUGAUGCCAUGCAACUAUUACGCUAUGCAUCAUUAUCAUUACCAUGAUAUGCAUCAUGACAUGCAUGUUGUUGACCAUAGUGGGAUGGAUGUAUACACGGGAGUUGAAACUGAGGGUGGGGUCGAGGUUGGGACCAGUGAUCCCAUAGAUGGAGGUGUUGAUGGUGCUGGUGGGGAUAUAGGGGGAGACACUGGAGCAUGUGGGGGCUGUGGAGGAUGCGGGGGAUGUGGAGGAGGAGACACAGGGGCUGGAGGGUGCGGGGGAGGAGCUGCUUGUGGGGGUGGUGCUACAUGUGGGGGAGGGGAUGGGGGUGGUUGUGGAGGAGGAGGAGGAGGAGGAUGUGGGGGUGGUUGCGGAGGAGGGUGUGGAGGAGGAUGUGGGGGUGGAUGUGGUAGCCGUGCUAUCAAAGGCAACCCAGGAUGGUUUAAGGCCACAUUCUACAAAUUAAACCCCAUCAACAUCAAGCUGACAUCUGCGUAUAAUUAUAUGCAGGCAUCCACAAAAAAACACUUUGACAACAACAAGUUCUCCUUUGGUAGCGUGAUCAUCAAUUUGAAAACAGGAGAAAUGGAUAUUACAAAUCAAACUGAUUACAUCGGAGAACAUUUGGCACUGGGUUUCUCAGUUGCAACUUUGUUUGCCCUGUGCCAACCGAAAACACCCGUCACAAUUGCUGAAGCAGAACCUCCAAAGAAAAGAGGUACACGUAAGGUUAAAGAUCAGGACACCCAUGACCUGUUGUUUGUGAUGGCUGCUGGGUACAUGAUGCAUAAUUGGUAUAUGAUGAUGCCAUGUAAUUAUUACGUGAUGAACCAUUACCAUGACAACCAUGGGGUUAGUUCUGACACCCAGCUUGUGGAUCAUAGUGGUGUUGAUACAUCUUGUGGUGUGGAGAAUUCUGGUGAUUGUGAUGCAGGAGGAAAUUGUGGUGGCUGUGGGGGAUGUGGGGCAGCUUGUGGAGGAGAUGGUGGUGGUUGUGGGGGAGAUGGGGGUGGUUGUGGGGGUGGAUGUGGUGGUUGCGGUGGAUGUGGUGGAUGUGGUGGAUGUGGAGGUUGA